GUUGUCUCUUUCUCCGUCUUAAGUCACCGUCUCGAGAAUUGUGCCCUUCCUUCUCUCGAUUUUCUACCGAAAGCUUAAAAUGCUUUAAAAUAAUCUGUUUGUUCGAUUUCUCGUUCUGACAACGACGACGAUUUUGGAUUUGGUUUGGUUUGGAAGUGGGAAAAGCGGGGAAACUAUGUCGGAAUCGUCUUCUUCGUCGCCUACGGAAGAGAUCGUUCGAUUAAUCAAACGAUUAAGCGCUUACGUCACUUUCAAGAUGUCUAGCCUCUUGUCUACAUCUCUUCGCAAUCUGGAUUCAAGAUCUGUUGGUGCAAUCGCUGGGCUUGCAAUAGCUGUGAUAUUCACAUGGAGGGCGUUGAGAACAACAGGGGAACCUCAAAGAAGGCAGCCAAAACCCAGGAUGCAGCCACCUGAAACCUCUCACUCUAAUCUACCUUCGAACCCAGCUGAUGAGGAUAACGCAGUGCAAGAUGUCGUUGAUCACUUCUUUCAGCCUGUCAAACCUACACUGGGGCAGAUCGUUAGGCAGAAGCUUAGUGAAGGCAGGAAGGUAACAUGCCGUCUUCUUGGAGUCAUUCUUGAGGAAUCAAGUCCAGAAGAGCUCCAAAAACAAGCAACAGUGAGGUCAUCUGUCCUGGAAGUUCUUCUAGAGAUUACAAAGUAUUCUGAUUUGUAUCUCAUGGAAAGAGUUGUUGACGACGAAAGCGAAGCCAAAGUUCUACAGGCUUUAGAGACUGCAGGCGUUUUCACAUCUGGUGGUUUGGUCAAAGAUAAGGUCCUAUUUUGUAGUACAGAGAUGGGAAGAACUUCGUUUGUUAGACAACUAGAACCUGAUUGGCAUAUCGACACAAACCCAGAAAUCAGCACACAACUAGCUAGGUUCAUAAAAUAUCAGCUUCACGUCUCUGAGACGAAACCAGAACGAACGGCUCCCAACGUUUUCUGCUCACAGUCAAUAGAACAGUUCUUUGGAAGUGCUUAAUGCCAAGACAAGGAGGUGAAAGAUACGCAACAAAACAGAGACUCACUUUCCUAACAGAAGCACGCACUAGAUGCAUAAAUUGUCUCGUCUAAGUCUUUCUUAGACUGAAGUUGAAAAGUUACUCUUUUUUUUUGUAUUUGUCCCGAAAUUUAAAAGAAGUUUGAUAUUUAGAAUACGCUGGGAGAGUUCCUUGUGGAUGUAUUUGUAAUAUCAACUUAGCAGAAAAGUCACUUGUACU